AGUCAUACAGAUUUAUAGUGUUGUAUAUUUUAUUUACGUAAAUAAUAUAACUCCACAAUAUGCAUUAAUAUAACACCGACCUGGAGACGAGAGUAAAACACAAUGGAAUUUGUGGGUUUUAAAAUGCUACUCAUCAUCACAUUGUCCCUCAUGGGAUCGGUUGUUAAUUCUAAAGAAAGUUCCGAAUACAAAUUGCCAACUAAUUUUAAUCCAGUUAGCUAUCGACUGGACGUGACGACAUACUUGGAUGAUAAAUUCGUGUUUGAGGGAAUAGUCGAUAUUAAAAUAAACUGUGUAGAAGCCACUGACACCAUAGUACUGCAUUCGAACAGUUUGGACAUCGAUACCAAAAGUGUUGUUGUGGCCAACAAUGGAGAAACUAUUGUACCGGUGGAAAGUGUUUCGUUUGAUCCGACAAAAGAACUUAUGUACGUUAAGUCAACAGUAAAAUUUAAGCCUGGUGAUGAAUAUGUGCUGACCAUACCAUUUACCGGAAAUAUCACCGACGAUUUAGUAGGUUACUAUAAGAGUAGUUAUGUGGACAAGGAGAGCAAUCAAACAAGAUGGUUAGCUGUAACACAAUUCGAACCAGCUGACGCACGAAGAGCUUUCCCCUGUUUUGACGAGCCCGCGUAUAAAGCAACCUUCAAGAUAAGAUUGGGCCAUAAAAUAGGACUGACUUCAAUUAGUAAUAUGAAAUUUAUGAAAGAAACGCCCAUCCCUUCAAAACCAGGUUUUGUUUUCGACGAAUUCGAAGAAUCUGUACCGAUGUCUACUUAUUUAGUAGCAUACAUGGUGUCAGAUUUCGUAUACAUAGAGUCGGACAGUCGAGAUGACGAAGUGAAGUUCCGUAUAAUAGCCAGGAAGGACGCUGCCGAUCAAACAGAACUUGCCAAAAACGCGGGACCGUUGGUCUUAAAAUAUUACGAGGACUAUUUCGAUGAAAAAUUUCCGUUGUCCAAACAAGACAUGGUGGCCAUACCCGAUUUUUCUGCCGGUGCUAUGGAGAAUUGGGGUCUUGUCACAUAUAGAGAGACCGCAUUGUUAAUUGAUCCGGACGUGGCUACAAUUGAUAACGUACAUAGAGUAGCAGAAGUUAUCGCUCACGAACUUGCUCACCAAUGGUUCGGUAAUCUCGUUACUAUGAAAUGGUGGACCGACCUUUGGUUGAAUGAAGGAUUUGCCACGUACGUUGCAGCCCGAGGAGUAGAUUUCCUGUAUCCAGAAUGGAACUCUUUCCAAGUUGAAACCGUCCAAAACUUUUUACGCGUUUUGGAUCUGGAUUCGCUUCAAUCGUCACACCCCGUAUCGGUGGCUGUUGGACAUCCCGAUGAAAUAGCACAGAUUUUUGACACAAUAUCGUACACUAAGGGCUCAUUUUUAUUGCACAUGAUGAACAUGUUCCUUGGUGAAGAUACGUUCAAACAAGGCAUUAGGAAUUACAUAAACAAACAUAAGUUUUCCAACGCCGAACAGGACGAUCUGUGGAGUUCAUUGACAGAGGAAGCUCACCGCCAAGGAACUUUGGACAAAAAUCUCACCGUUAAACAAAUAAUGGACACAUGGACGCUACAAACCGGUUAUCCCGUAUUGAAAGUUGUCCGGGAUUAUUCCGCGGAUACGGUUACUUUGUCACAGGAACGGUUUCUGACGAUCAAAUCAAACGGUACCGAAAAUAAAAGCUGUUGGUGGAUACCAAUUACUAUGACUACUUCUAAGGAAKCUGACUUUAACCAGACAAAAGCUGAGUCGUGGUUGAAUUGCGAAAACAACAACCUCACCACGCCACUGCCUAAAGACAGCGAGUGGGUCAUCUAUAACAUGCAGAUGGCUGGGUUAUUCAGAGUCUUAUACGAUACACGAAACUGGAUGGGUAUCGUUUCUACGUUGAACGAUCCGAGCAAAUACAAAACUAUACACAAGUUAAACCGAGUACAGCUGAUCGACGAUUCAUUUAGUUUUUCACAAGUUGGUGAUAUGGACUAUGGGAUAACGUUCCAACUUUUGAAAUAUUUAAAACACGAAAAAGAGUACGCACCGUGGUUGGCUGCUUUGGGCGGCUUGAGCCCUAUAAAUAAAUUAWUGAAAAGGACCCCAAAUCAAGGAGUGUUUCAAAACUAUAUGCAACGAUUGUUGUCACCUGUGUACAGUGAAUUCCGAGACAUGGCCGUCGAACUCAGUGGGUUUGAAGAAAUCCGUUUUAAAAACCUUGUGACUGCCGUAGCCUGCCGUCAUAAACUAAAAGGUUGCACUGAACAAGCUCUAGAGUUAUUUAGCAAGUGGAUGAAAAUUGAAGACCCGGAUAAUAAUAAUAUAUUGCCUAGAGAACUGAAACCCGUUAUUUAUUGUCAAGCGAUAAAAUACGGAGGUGUAGAAGAAUGGGACUUUUUAUGGGAACGUUAUCAGCGUUCCAAUGUGGGGUCUGAAAAGGCGAAAUUACUCUCAGCAUUAGGAUGUAGUUCAGAAACUUGGUUGUUGAACAGAUAUUUGGAUUGGUCACUUGAUAAUUCAAUUAUUCGCAAGCAAGACGCUGCCACUGUAUUCUACUCUGUGGCGAGCAGUGACAUAGGAUUUUAUGUAGCAAAAGACUUUUUGUAUCGUAAAAUUGCGGAUAUAUCUGAAUACUACAAACCUCGAGGCGAUCGUGUAGGUAGAUAUGUAAAAGUUAUAGGUUCUCAAAUGAAAACUAAAGAAGAAUUCGACGAGAUCCAAUCAUUUAUUAAUAAAUCGUCAGGUUAUUUAAAAGAAGCUGAUUUGAUUAUCAACCAGACAAUAGAGACUAUUAAGAUGAAAAUUGAAUGGACUUCGAAGUUUUAUAAUAAAAUUGUAAAUUACAUAUUACAAUAAUYAUUAACAAUGUUACGAACGGGCUUAAAUACAGACGCUUCRAUUAAAAUUGUUACAUAAUAUAAUAUCCAUAAACAAGGUUAAUAGAAAUAA